AUGGGCUUUGAAUGUACCUUCUUUCAGCCCCAGAAAAAGCGGGGUCCGACAGGACAUCGUGUAUCGCAAAUCCGGCAGCAACAGACCCACGUGUUAAGCAAAACCCCUCAGACGCCGCAAGACCAAGUCAAUUCCAGUGCCUUUUCCAAUACUUUUACAUAUCAAACAGAACCUCCUCCAUGCGAGGAAAGUCGGCAUGAUGCGACUCCAUGGCCUAUCCAUGGCAGCGAAGUUUCAGUGCCCGUUGAUAUUGCGCAAUCUCAUGCGACAGCGGCGGUUGCUCCUGGAUGGGGCGUAGAUGCUUCGUCUAUGACAUCUCAUAGUAACAGUGCGAUCAGCUGGAACGAGAGAAGCGAUGUGGAGUAUUGGCUGCCGGAUAACCUAGAUGCUCAGAUGCCCAUCUUCGAUUUCCCGGGCACGAAUAUUUACCUAAGAACAUCUUUACCCUCUAUCAUCCAAAACGAUGCGGACUCUUCGGGUCUGCAAGCACAGAAUCUAGAGUCACAUAAUAUCCCGGCCCCUAUACCGGAUGUGGAUGUUAUAAAACAAGAGCCAAAUAAUAUGAGAGCGUUAUGGCCCUCGUCGAUUGUGGAAGCAAACAUGAUUCCGUGGAUUGACGUUUAUUUCGAUCGCCUGCAUCCAACGUUACCCGUGCUGAAUCGGUCUUCCUUGUUCAUCCGAAUGCUAUCCCAAGAACAUCGUAGAAACCCUCAGUUUGGCUCGAUGUUACUGUCUCUGUGCGCUUUCUCGCUCACUCAACCCAUCGAGAUAGAUGAACGACCCACCUCUCAAUCCCGAGCUGGCCAGGCCAGACUGAUGAUGACAGAAGCUACGAGGAUGAGAAGUUGUUCUGAUUUCGGCGAAAAUCCGACAAUCGAGGCCGUCCUUACAAGUUUCUUUCUCUUUGGAUGCCUUUUUGGUAGUAACCAGCACAAUGCCGCGUGGCUUCGUCUAAGGGAGGCUUUAGAUCUUGCCGCGACAUUGGGGCUGAAUGAUCCAAAUUCCUAUCGAGAUUUACCUAGCGAUGAAAAGGGCCAACGCUUGCGGACCUAUUUGGUCUUGUCCAUUACAGAGAGACAUCCGAUUACCUUUUGGGGAAAGCCUGGUUUCAGCAUGUGCUCUGUGCAUGAUUUUAUUCAUAAUGCCACGCAUAGUCUUGUUUCUGGGAUUAUAGUUCACAAUGAGAAAGAUGCCGAAGGAAUGAUGGGUCUGGCCCGCUUGAUGGAGUUAUUCGAUGCCGUCAAUGAGGAUGUCGUCGAUUGCUGGAACCGGCGGUGCAGCAUCGACUCUGGCUAUUGUGAAAGGCUCACGGAAGCGAAAGCUUUAGCUAUUCAUCAGAACCUUAGUCGAGUUAGUGAGUCCGAACGAUAUAAAGGAUAUGACUGGUUCGAACGCACAAAAUCAGCUUCUGGAGAAACUCGCAACACCCAGCCGGCAAUGGGAUUGAGAGAAACACAGUGUGCAGAUGUUUUUAUCACUAAGAAGUGGCUUCAGAAUCGUGUAUGGGUUCUAUGCUCUACUCAUGGUCUACUGAAACCUUCGUCCGACCAUCAUGAACUUUGUUUCGACUACUGUAUUUCUGUUGCAAAGGACACUCUUAAAAUUUGUCAGUCAUUGCGACUCAGCUCCAUGGAAGCACAUGGGAUAGGUCUUGUUGAGAAGCUGUACGACAUCGCUGUCAGUGCAAUCAGUGUUUCAUCUAACGUUCAGCUGUCUCUUGGGAAUGGUUUUCCUCUGGCACCACCCCCAACCCAAACGGUUCCAAAGUCAGGAGUCUCGACACCAAGCUUCUCAGGGCCCAUUCACCCAGGUGCCGCUGCUACGCUACCCCAGUCCCUCGCCGAGGACUUUUUACUCCUUUUAAAUAGCCUCCGUGGUGGAAAUCACCCCUAUCUGGAAAGAUACAAAGCCUUUUUGAACGCCUCGAACAUCAGGUGCAAUAGUUAUAGCAACUGGUCUCCACAAGUCCAAGCAACGCAUACCACCAGCGGUACUUGA